AUGGGGCACGCUACCGAUGCUUACUGCGAUGAGGAAAAGGAGCUCUGCGGAAGUUACGACGUGAACGCCUACCCGGCCGUGAGGCUAUUCAAGAAGAAUGGAGGGAAGGACGUGGAGGUGACGAGGUAUAGAGGGAGGCGGACGAAGAGAGCUAUAAGAUCGUUCGUGACGAAACACGAAAUACCUACCGUAACACACAUCGAGCCGGAGAACGUAGGAGCCUUCAAGGCCACCGACGACAUCGUGAUCAUGGCGUACCUCCGCCCCGAUCAAGAGGCCCUACUGGAAGUCUUCCGUACCGUAGCCUCAAAGCACCACGCAGACUACGUCUUCGGAUACGUAACCGACAUGCCUACUGCCGACGCUGAAGGGCUAGCGAUGCCGUCGAUUGUGUGCUAUAAGAACACCGACGGCGAUAAUAAAGUCAUGAACGGGCAUUUCUCGGAAGCCGACGUGGGGAAAUUCCUGGAAACAGCGACGAGGACGGUGAUAGGAGAGUUUAAUGAGCGGAACAUGGAUGUCUACAUGGCGGCAGACAAACUCGCUGCCUACAUCUUCGCCGCUACGGAUAACGAAGCGAAUGCGUUGCGCUGGGAGCUGACGCCGGUCGCGAAGAAGUUCGACAAGUACGUCACAUUUGGCGUCGCAGAUGCGGUCGAGUAUGCGCCCAUGGCGGAAAGUUUUGGGCUGUCGGAGAGGAAGUUCCCUGCGCUGGCGGUCCACGCCCCAAUGAAUGAUAACGUGUUUAUCUAUCGUCAGGGGAAGAGGAUCAUGGCGUCCGUGGUGGAGGCCAUGCUGACGACAAUUCUGCAGGCUAAGGCUGGUUCUGGCCAGGUUUUUGGUAGCGAUGCACCAGAAAUGGAGGGUGAGGUAACGCAGGAUAUGCGAAAAGGACACGAUGAGCUCUGAAGACGGUCGACAAGCACGCUAUACAAAGGACGAGACUGGGUAAAAGGAGAGCGGGUAUGCGAUGGACCUGACUUGAUGAAGGGACGGUAAGAACAGAGCUCAUGGUCGCGAGGAGGCGAGCUGAGCGUGGACACCUUCGUCAUCAGAGACCUCUCGUAUCUGGGGUCAGGAAUCAGGGGACGGAUUUCCAAGUCUAGGUCGUGACGCUCGGAAGCAUUAUGGAAAGACGCCUUGGUUUGCUGCGCACAGCUACUUGUGGCUGUAUGAAGGUCCAGACAGUUCGCUUACCCCUCGACCUCAGCUCCGUAGCGGGAGCACAUGUGCUACAGUCCUUAGCUGUCGUGGGGUGCAGAACGAUGCGCCGUCGGCGCAAGGCUG